AGCAUGAUAGUCACAGCUAUGAUUGAAGGUAUCGACCAUCAGCAUUUCUAUUUUACCGAAUCUGCUGAAAGUAAUCGUCCUCAAAUCUAACAAAAUUAUUGAAAAUUAGAAAACUGGGCUGACAAUCUCGGAGCAAAAUCACAGGAAAACUGGAUGUUAAGUUAAGGAACCAUUCACGUACUUCCUUCUCAAUCCAUGAAUCUCAAUUGAACGUUCCAGUUCAGCGCAGAAAUACGUGAAGUGUGAUCGGACAUUUAUCACUUUUUAUGUAUGUUUGAUCGCAGAUUUGAGCCAAUAUGCGCACCAAGCAACGAUCUAAUUCUGCGUGUAGAUUGCAACUGUGCUUGAUUCUGAUAAUUGGUGGUGGCAAAUUGAAUUAAAUGACUAAUUUUUUGUUCUCUGGAUUUCGACUAGCCUGUAAGCUAUACGUGGCUUAAAAGAGUAACUCAUGGACCUUCACGCUGCUGAAUUCAGAAUUUGCUUCUGAUAAAAAUCAGUUCCAAAGUAUAAUCUUUUCAUAAAAUAAAAAUAGUGAUUUAACCAGAUCGAGCGAGGGUUUUCAAGGCAGGACAAAACAAAAUUUUAAGUGAAGUCUAAGAAAACGACAAAAUAGCUUCAGGGUCCGGGAGCAACUAUCUAACAGAUAUCGAUGGCCCCCUCGAGAGGGAUGCCUAUCUACUUUGUGACCGCCUACAAAAUGUAGUAAAGCUAUACAGAGACAAAGACAUCGCAAAGUAUGUUAAAAUCGAAAAAAAAGGUAAGCUUGGAGAGGGAGCUUUCGGAACUGUACACAGAUCUAAGGAUCUAGAAACCUCGCAGGAAUUAGCAGUGAAAACGAUUAACAAGGUCGAAGUUUUUGAGCAGAAUGCAGAUAAGGCCUACAAACGUUCCAUGUUCAUUGAAGCUGCCUGCGUUACAACCAUUCUUCCACCGCACGAGAACGUUAUUAAAGUUCAUCGGUAUUACGAGACACCCACGUACAUUUAUAUCGCAAUGGAACUCCUUGGAAAAUACACCUUGAGUCGUUCUGUGAGAGGUUUUGACUCCAAUCAAGCUCGAAAGGUAUUUUAUAAGGUCCUAUUAGGCGUUAAGCACCUACACGACAAUGGAAUGGUUCACUGUGACCUCAAAUUAGACAACAUCUGCAUGAGGAAGAGCUUUUUCUUGGAGCCGGUUCUCAUCGACCUCGGUAACAUGACCCUAGCAGAAGGCGAUGCUAAUAGACAUCGAUUUGAGUCCUAUGGACUCUUUAGCAGAGGAGAGCUCUCCGAUGUGAGGCCUAUAGAGGAUGACAUGCAAAGGCUGGCGGAUAUCUUGGAAAGUUUACUGACUGGGCAAGAAGAGAUGACCGACUAUGCAGGUGAACGUUUUCCACCGAAGGAUGGGACACAUCCCGACGCUUUGGAUCUGCUUAGAAUUUUCAGAAAUGACGAGCUGAGGCAAUCAUCAACGGUUGAUGAUAUCCUCGCUCACACCUGGUUGCAGAAUGUGUCUCCUUAGAUUAAUGAUUUGUAAAUAGGUGAGAAGCAUUUUGGUGUUUUUGAAUCGGGAACAGGUCUGCCCAUGGAUCCAUGUUCAUUGGCAAUUCUAUUCCUAUCAUUCCAGAGCAGAUUUAUAAACAAUAAUCUCAAAUGAUCAAAGCAUUAGAUUUAAAUUGCCAGGAUGCAAAAUUUUGUCAAAGAUGAUAUGGAUUCCAUGGCCCUCCAUAUCUGAUAAUUCUGGAUGGAGGUUUGAUAUGUGAGAACAAGAAAUGUCAGAGUUAAUAUAAUCCUCAGUACGAUUGAUUUUUAAAUGAACUC